GCGCUGAGGGGUGAGCACCCCGACGCGGACCACGCGCCUCUUUCCCCCGGCUGUGAGCCCGGGGCCUCCUGGCUUUUUGUCUUUGCGUUUUCUUUUUUUCUUUUUCUCCAGCCGAGAAGACGCGGCUGUGAUAACGAAGAUCUUGUGUGGACAGUAAUGACCGCACGUUUCCGAUUGCCUUCUGGCAGAACCUACAAUGUUCGAGCAUCAGAGUUGGCCCGAGACAGACAGCAUACAGAGGUGGUUUGCAACAUUCUUCUUUUGGAUAACACUGUGCAGGCUUUCCGAGUUAAUAAACAUGAUCAGGGGCAAGUUUUGUUGGAUAUAGUCUUCAAGCAUCUUGAUUUGACUGAGCGAGACUAUUUUGGUUUACAGUUGGCUGAUGAUUCCACAGAUAACCCAAGGUGGCUGGAUCCAAACAAACCAAUAAGGAAGCAGCUAAAGAGAGGAUCUCCUUACAGUUUGAAUUUCAGAGUCAAAUUCUUUGUAAGUGAUCCCAACAAGUUACAAGAAGAAUAUACAAGGUAUCAGUAUUUUUUGCAAAUUAAGCAAGACAUUCUUACUGGAAGAUUGUCCUGUCCUUAUAAUACUGCUGCCCUUUUAGCUUCAUUUGCUGUUCAGUCUGAACUUGGAGACUACAAUCAGUCAGAAAAUUUGCCAGGCUACCUCUCAGAUUAUUCUUUCAUUCCCAGUCAACCUCAAGAUUUUGAAAAAGAAAUUACAAAGUUACAUCAGCAGCAUAUUGGCUUAUCUCCUGCAGAAGCAGAAUUUAAUUACCUAAACACAGCACGUACCUUAGAACUCUAUGGAGUUGAAUUCCACUAUGCAAGGGAUCAAAGUAACAAUGAAAUCAUGAUUGGAGUGAUGUCAGGAGGAAUUCUGAUUUACAAGAACAGGAUGCGAAUGAAUACUUUUCCAUGGUUGAAGAUUGUAAAAAUUUCUUUUAAAUGCAAACAAUUUUUUAUUCAACUUAGAAAAGAAUUGCAUGAAUCUAGAGAAACAUUGCUGGGAUUUAAUAUGGUGAAUUACAGAGCUUGUAAAAACUUGUGGAAAGCAUGUGUGGAACAUCAUACAUUCUUCCGCCUGGAUAGACCACUUCCACCUCAAAAGAAUUUUUUUGCUCAUUAUUUUACCCUGGGUUCCAAAUUCCGGUACUGUGGGAGAACAGAAGUCCAGUCAGUUCAAUAUGGCAAAGAAAAGGCAAAUAAAGACAGGGUAUUUGCAAGAUCUCCAAGUAAGCCUUUGGCACGGAAAUUAAUGGAUUGGGAAGUAGUCAGCAGAAAUUCGUUGUCUGAUGACAGGUUAGAAACACAAAGCCUCCCAUCCCGGUCUCCACCUGGAACUCCCAAUCAUCGGAGUUCUGCAUUCCCACAAGAAGGGACCCGGGUCCGGCCAUCUUCUGUUGGGCAUUUGGUAGACCAUGUGGUUCACACAUCCCCCAGUGAUGGUUUUGUAAAUCAGAGAUCUCCAUCAUCAACGCAAGCUAAUAGCAUAGUUCUGGAAUCAUCACCAUCACAAGAAACUCCUGAAGAUGGGCAGCCUCCAGCUUUACCACCCAAACAAUCUAAAAAAAACAGUUGGAACCAAAUUAAUUUUUCCCACUCUCAGCAAGAUCUAGUCAACCAUACUAAUGAAACCUUUGAUAUGCCCUGUUCCCCUGAAAAGUCCACUCCUAAUGGUGGCAUUCCACAUGAUAAUCUUGUUCUAAUCAAAAUGAAACCUGAUGAAAAUGGAAGGUUUGGAUUCAAUGUAAAGGGAGGAUAUGAUCAGAAGAUGCCUGUAAUUGUGUCCCGUGUAGCACCAGGAACACCUGCUGACCUCUGUGUCCCUCGAUUGAAUGAAGGGGACCAAGUGGUACUGAUUAAUGGUCGGGACAUUGCAGAACAUACCCAUGAUCAAGUAGUCUUGUUUAUUAAAGCCAGCUGUGAGAGACAUUCUGGGGAGCUCGUGCUUCUAGUUCGACCUAAUGCUGUAUAUGAUGUAGUGGAAGAAAAAUUAGAAAGCGAGCCUGACUUCCAGUAUAUUCCUGAGAAAGCCCCACUAGAUAGUGUCCAUCAAGAUGACCAUUCCCUGCGGGAGUCAAUGAUACAGCUAGCUGAGGGGCUUAUUACUGGAACAGUACUGGCACAGUUUGAUCAAUUGUAUCGGAAAAAACCUGGAAUGACAAUGUCUUGUGCCAAAUUACCUCAGAACAUUUCCAAAAAUAGAUACAGAGAUAUUUCGCCUUAUGAUGCUACACGGGUCCUUUUAAAAGGUAAUGAAGACUACAUCAAUGCAAACUAUAUAAAUAUGGAAAUUCCUUCUUCAAGUAUUAUAAAUCAGUACAUUGCUUGUCAAGGGCCAUUACCACACACUUGCAAAGAUUUUUGGCAAAUGACUUGGGAACAAGGCUCCUCCAUGGUUGUAAUGUUGACCACACAAGUUGAACGUGGCAGAGUUAAAUGUCACCAGUAUUGGCCAGAACCCACAGGAAGCUCAUCCUAUGGAUGCUAUCAAGUCACCUGCCACUCUGAAGAAGGAAACCCUGCCUAUAUCUUCAGGAAGAUGACACUAUUCAACCAAGAGAAAAAUGAGAGUCGUCAACUCACUCAGAUUCAGUACACAGCCUGGCCUGACCAUGGAGUACCUGAUGAUUCAAGUGACUUUCUGGAUUUUGUUUGUCAUGUACGAAACAAGAGGGCUGGAAAAGAAGAGCCAAUUGUUGUUCAUUGCAGUGCUGGAAUUGGAAGGACUGGGGUUCUUAUUACUAUGGAAACUGCCAUGUGUCUCAUUGAAUGUAAUCAGCCAAUUUAUCCGCUAGAUAUUGUAAGAACAAUGAGAGAUCAAAGAGCCAUGAUGAUCCAGACACCUAGUCAAUACAGAUUUGUCUGUGAAGCUAUUUUGAAAGUAUAUGAAGAAGGCUUUGUUAAACCCUUAACAACAUCAUCAAAUAAAUAAGAAAACAAAAAGGUUGGGAUAAGUAUUGGGAAACUGAUUUUUGUUACGUUCACUGUGCCAUAAUACUGCUUACAGAAAAUGGCAUCUCACACAAAAAAAGUGAAGAACUCAAACAAACUUUGAAAACUUCAGCACUAUUGCACUUUAUGUUUAAAAAAGUCACUCAAAACCUAUAACUCACAUCUUUGACUAUUUUGUGCUUUGCUCUGAACAAAUAGUGAAAACUGAACAUGUUCAGGGUAAUUUGUGGAAUUUUGAGGCGGUGCCAUGCAGUCCCCUCUGGUAGAAUUGCCCCAGCAAGGCUCAGAAUUCUCGUCUCUGUUACAGACCUGUACCUUGAAAGCAAAAAGAAGUAAGCAUCAGGAGUCUGCUCUGGUCUUUCCAGUGGUUCAUGUACUUACUCUACUGAUUGCCAGACUUUAUUUUUCAAACGUUAGCAAUACCAUUCUCAACAUUAGCCAGUACACUGCCUGUGGAUGCAGCACAUCUUCCCUGACAUCCCAGUAGGGACCUGCUGUUGAGAAGAAAAGUGGAACUUGCUGUUCCCAGGAAAUGCUGCACAGUGUCCAUUUACCAGCAUCUUAUAGAAAUUAUAACUAUGAAUCUAUGGAGUUUCUUGGAUUUAAUAAUGUAACUUAUAUUUAUCAUAAAGUUGGCUUAUUCCAAAUCAUGUGACUUCACACUUUUGAUGUAAAGGAAUGCAUGCAUUGUGUCUUAACCCCUUAAGUGCCUUGAGAUAUCUUUGUUUAAUGAAAAGGCACUCAUUUGACCCCAUAGGAGGUAUAUAUACUGUACAUCAUUAUAGUUUUAUGAUUUUUUAAUAAGUUCACAGUGUAAAAAAAAAGCUUAUGUUGAGAGUUAUACAAAGAAGUGUAAGGAGAUUGUUUUUACUCAGUGUUUGCUUGUACUUUGCUAUAAAAGCCAGAAUAUCUGUGUUCUGCUGAGAGUGCAUUCUGCUACUGUGGAAUUGUUCACAAUCUGUACAUUCCUUUACUGCGGAACAGGGCUUAAAGUUUAGCAACUUAACUUACAAAAAGGGUUUAUUCUUCAAAUUUCAUAUUUACUUUAUCCCUAACUUAAAAAGUGAUGUUUAACUUGUAUAUUAAAGAUAAACAUAUUAACACUCUAAGCUACAAUUACAAAGUUAAUUAGUUUGGGUUUGUUCCUGUCUAUAACAGAAGUGUUACCCUCCAGUACUCAUUCUGGUUCAUAUCAGGCUGUCUUCAAACUGGUCUUUCUUUUUAGUUUUUGUUGGGUUUUGUGGUUUUGUUUUGUGGUUUUGUUUGGUUUGGUUUUAGUUUUUCAAGACAGCGUUUCUCUUUAUAACAGUCGUAGAACUUGCUGUAUAAACCAGGUUGACCUUGAACUCACAGAGAUCUGUCUCCCUCUGCCUCCUGAGUGCUGGGAUUAAAGGUGUGCCUCACCACCACAUGGCCACACUGGUCUUUUUAUUGGAAUUCUUCAAACAAAGAGUUAAAUACUAUUGACUUCUUCUAAAUGUGACCCCCACCAAAAAAAUAGUAAAAUGCAGGUUUUGUCAUUUUGGUAUACAGUUUUAUUAUCUAGUUUAUAUUUAUAAAUGCUUAUUAAAUUAUAAGCAUGUUUAGUGAGGUUUUUGAUUGUCCAUCUUGACUGAAGAUCCAACUCUCAUUACAGAUGUGUAUAUUUUCCUUGUCAGCUUCAUUUGUUUUUAAAUCUAUGGAGAUAGAUCUUUAAUAUUGCCCAAUUUAAUAUGAGAAUUUGCUCACCUAUUUGAAUGUUAUUUUAUAUGGAUAUAGUUAAAGUUGGCACAUUUGCUAGUGGUUUCAGAAUAUUUCUGUAGUCUUGGUAAAACAUAGGUUCCAAUAAAUAUUUUGGACUGCUAUUUAGUUUGGAGGGGUGACAUACUUUGAAGAAUCUUUAAUAAAAUCUAAAUUAUCAUUUCUCAUAUUCAGAAUUCAUAAUAGUAAAAUUCAGAAAGAAGUUAAGCUUCUAAACAGUAAUGGCCAGGGUACCAUUGUCACUUAGAAAUACUAUUUGUCUUAUUUUUUUAAAGAGGCAUAAACAUAAUCUUUAUGUCAAACAGAAGUCCUCCUAUUUUGAUUUUACAUGCAAGACAAUUUGAGCUCGUCAGUCAUUACACUCAAACAUUCCAUUCUCUACCAGAGGCAAAUAUAAUUUAGGCUAAUAGGAUAUCAUUACAAGUUAAAAAGGGAAAUCAACUUGGAGAUCUAUACAUUAUAGAGCUACUUUAUUUCAUUGAUGGAUUUUAGUCUAAAUUUUAAAUGUCUGUCCUUUCCAUGUGGAUAGACUGUGACAACCAUAGGCAAAAAGAGAAAACUUGUGUAGAAAAUAGAAGGCAAUGUCAUGAUUCACAAUGUUAUGAUUCACUCACUCUUUAAUGGAAAGCUUUGUUCAUACCUCUGUAGUUAACGCUGAUGUUGGCAAUGAGCAUUGCUGCCAUUUAAGUCAUUGAUGUUUGCCGUUAAGUGACAAGUGUAGAAUUAAAUUUUUAUUUCUCAUCUGAGAACUGUCCUUUAUCAUUAUUUUACAUGUGAAAACACCCCUUUUAGAACAUUUGUUAGGAUCUUAAGCUAAAAUAACCCUUCACCAAUUGUUAAUAUGGAUAUGCUAAUUAAACUUCCUUAGUUAUCUAGCAUAGAGCACUGUCCUUUAUACCUAAGCAUUUAAUCAGUUUACUAAUCAAAAUAGAUUUCUAGAAAUAAUGCUAGUUUUCAUACGUAAGUAGUGCUAGACUUCAUACAUACUGGUGUAAUAUUGUGUGACAAAAAAAAUCCUGAAUUAAACUACUUUCCCAUUUCACUACCACACACUGACAAACUCAAGAAAGAAUGCAUUUAUUCUGACAAGUGAAAAUCAAUAUUGAUGGGUCGGGGGCUUUUGUACAUGCUAAAAAGUAAAUGUGAAAAUUUCCCUCUCUGAGUUCAGGUGAUUUUUCUGUGCUUAUUUAAAGUGUUUUAUUGAGUGUCUGGUUUUCAUCUGUACUGCCUAGAUACUCUGUAAUAAUAAUUUGGAAGAGACUAGCAUUUACAAAAAGAAUAGGUUGUACUUGUUAAACUAAUCCAUCCAUUCAAAAAUGAGGCAGAAUACAGCCCAAGAAAAACUUUUGUGUAGCCUUCUGGGGUAAGUAGUUGGGAAAGGGCAAUGAUUAGCCAUUUUGACCUAAGAAUAAGGGUAACAUUGUAUGAAAACUGACUAAAAUGCACAAAGUUAUGCUGAGCCUUUAAGACAGUUACUUGAAGGUUUUAGGUACUAUUGUACAUGCCUUCAUAGAAAAAUGUCAGUGCGUUGUUUGCAUGUGUAUUUCACAAAGACGUGUACACGGAUGGAAUGGACUUUAAACCAUGGGUUGUUUAUAUCGCUUGGCAGGUCUGAUCAAAUCUACUUUGUUAUUUGAGCAAAAAAAUCUCUUGUAUCACUAGAAGUGGUACUACAACUUGAAAGCUAUAAGAAGUUGAAAGACUUGUGUCUAGUUUCUACUUCCUUAUGAUAGGAAGAACUAGAGGCUCAGCAAUUAAUUUAACAGAACUGGUCAACUUCACGUUUUCUAAUUCUCAAUCUAGUGUUGCUGUAUUAGACUAGAAGUUCAAUAAAAUGUAAAUUUUAUCUAUUUCUUCCUGGGAAGCACGGUCAGUGUUUUCCCUUUGAAUCUUUGACACCUUAGAAGUUUGAUAUUAGACUUCAAAAGUGAUGCCAAUUAGGAAUUGGGCCGAGUUUGCUAGUUGUGCUUCCCUAACAGAUGAACUUAAGCUGUUGUGAACUAGUUAGGCUGAUACACAUAGGCAAGCUGACCUGCAAGUAGAAAGUCAGUUUUAAAGCACUUAGCACAUAGAACUGAGAUUUAGAACUUAUAUCUACUUACAAAAUAAUUUAUAUUCAUAAUGUGAACAUGUGAUAAAAUUGAAGUAUGGCUUAUCAGGAAGAGAGAAGGAAACAUGAAUUUAUAGCAAUGUGCUAUCUAGUGUCUGUGUUUUGAAUAUUAAAAAUAUUCUGAUGGUAAAAUUGCCAAAGUAGUUUUGAAUUCAUGUAAGUUGUUUAUACCACAACAUUGUGGGAUAUGUUUACAGGCUCUUCAUAGUACUUACUUUGUAGUUCUGAUGAAUUUGUAUUUAAGUCAUUUAUAGUAAAUAUAUGAUGAUAAAUAUUUGCUGGAAUAAACAUCUCAGUAAUAUAGCAAAUCAUACCUAAUAGAUCCCACAGUCUGCUUUCAUACAGGGUGCUGCAUCCACAAAGCAAGUACUUUGUGUUAACAUUGCUCAUGUCCCACAUUUGCACCAACCAUCCAACUGCCAUUCCUGGAACCAUUUGUGGUGCUUCCUCCAAGUAAAACAGCUGUGUUAUUAUAAUUCAGUGGAUUGAAUUUAUUAAAUAUUAGAAUUACUGAUCAGUUGACAGAUAUUCACUUGUGUCUCAGUGUGAUCACAAACUAGUGACUUUUAUGAAAUUCUUAGAGAAUUAUUAUACACAUAAAAGAAAUUUGCAUAAUAUUAAAACUUUUUGAGGGCUAAUUACUUAUAGAUAUUUUCAUCAAUUUUAAGAGUAUAAGAAAUCAGUUCCAAAAUUAUUUGUUUUGGGUUCUGCUUUUACCAUAAUUCUUAUUUUUCAUGGAUUUCAUUUUCUCUUAGUAGCAGUUCUUAUAAUAAACUUCUCUAUGUUAACAGAAACAACAACUCAUGUGUUCCAGCCCAUACUGCUUUAUUUUCAUCCCCUAAGUAAAUUUGUUUUGAGUAGAUACCGUAAAGUUACUUUCUGUUUUCAUAUAUAAAUGUGUUGCUGCUUAUUUUCUGUUUUUGUGCUUCAGUAUACUAUUUUUCUAAAAUCAUUGUUUAGUUUUUAGUCCUUCGAAGCUAAAUGGUCAGUCAUUAGUCAUAGCUGCUUGACAGCAAUUUAUCUAUAUGAACUAGGUAUGGUUCCAUACAUAAUCAAAUAAGCCAGUAGUACUUUUUAUUUGCAGAAGGUUAUUAGCAAUAUUGCAAGGUAAAAACUACGCUGUUAAGGAAGAGUUCUAAUGUUUAACUUCCUGGAGCCUUGCAAACUUUCCAGUAUAAGGAUGAAAAAGAAAACCUUGCUAAGGUCAUAAAAGUUUCAAGUAAACAUUGUAGAGUUUUCCUAUUAUUAUGUAAAUUAUAUACAGAAAAUAUUUUUCUAUGAACAGAAGGUUAAAACUGUUAACUCUAAUUUCAUUGUUUAAAAGGGAUAAAACGAUGUUUGUAUGUCUUUCAUGCUGUAAAGAAAAUGAAUGUAUCUUUCAAACAUUAGAGUUAUUACUUGGUUCUAAGUAUAUGUGUUUGUUUAAAAAGAGAGAAUGAGAAAUCUGCAAAGGAGUAAAAAUAGUGUCAUAAGUCAUUAGGUAAAACGCAGUGUUGGAAAAAAUGGAAUUUGGUUGCGAAUGGUCACUGUCAAAGCAUAUUUCACACAUAGUGUACAUUCAUUCCAUAUUACUUUGUUUUUGGCUCUGGAAGUUUUUCUUAAAAAUUGUAUAUACUAUUUUGAGUGUAAAGUAUUUUAAUUCUACACUGGUGGGGUGUGGAAGAAUAUGUGUUAGGCUAAGUGUGCUGCUGCAUGUGUCUACCAUGGAGGAAAGUUCCCAAGUUUUGUCAGUGUCGCAGCCACCAAAGGGGGCAUCAUUGUAAGAAUGUGAAGAAUGUGAAGCUAGACACCCAUGCCUAAGAGCCACUGCAGAAAUUAUGUGCAGAGGCCUCUGACCCUGAUGAUGAGUUUCCCUGUUUGUCUUUAGUGACAUGGAUAGUAAGACCACUGGGCCCAACCCUUGUGACAUCUAACAGUGGUGGCUUAUACAGCUUACACGUUUAUUCAGCUAAGUGAAAACUCUUUACUUUAAACCAGUGCCUGUAGGCAUAAUUAAUUCAUUAAAUAGCUCCUUUAAAAUCUUGUAAUUAUCAAUUAUUAAACUUUAUGAAAUUGGGAAUUCAUUGUUUUAAUGUUUUCUAAACCUCCAUAAUGAUUUUUAACUCAUCAUGAUGUACCCUGAAUAACCUAAAAGUAAUCCAAGGUUAGUGUCAGAUUUCCUCAACCUCAGAGUUAUAAAAUUUGGCACUACUAAUUCUGGUAACUUAUAAGUCACAUUGUUAAGUAAAGUUGCUGCCAGGGAUCAUCAAGGAAAUAGCUUUCUUCAAAUAGUUGCUGCUUUGUGGUGUCCCUAGAUCUACUAUAUUUCAUAGCAUCCACAAUUGUCAUAAUUGGGCCUAUUUUACCUUUUUUAAAUAUUUGUUUUCUAUUCUUAAAUUAUAGUAUUCCAUUUAUUUGCCUUCCUGGGCAAGGAUGUUUCAACCCAGCUUUGUGAUAUUUCUGGAUUCAUCUUUCCCAAUCUUUCAGUGAGUUAGCAAGACUCCUCAUUCCUGAAUCCUGUAGAGUAGGUAAUAUGUAAGUGCUAAAAUUGAUUUUAAAUAGCACUUUAUUUUAUGCUUACUACUGACUUAAUUUAUACAGUAAAAAUAUCUAUUCUAGGAGUUUUGUAAAUACAGAAAAAAUUGGUUAGUAUUAGAGUUUAUUAGAUUGACUCCAAGUUUAAAUGCUUUAUAAUGAUCUCUUUAUAGCUUCUUUGAUAUUUAAGAGGUAACAUAUGUGACAUUAGCUCUGUGAUUUUUUUUUCCUGCAAUUUGUAUAAUACAAUAGAGGCUGCUUAGCUGACUGUGUUGCUGGACUCAGUUCUCUCAGCUAGCUUUAGCGAAGUUUGGUUUACUAUAAUUGUUUCUGCUCUGCAUUUUGUGAACAUCACAUGAAUACUUGGAAAUUUGUUUGUUCUCAAUGUAGUACCUAGAUGUUAAGUAGAUACUGCACCACAAGUAUGUAGUUUAUAUAGAAGACAAAGGGCAGAAUUUAUGAUACUGUACAGUUUAUAUUAAGCUGUUUUCAUAUUCUGCCAAAACAGUAUAUCUGCUGUAAAAAAAAUAAAAGUUGUCUACCCCAGUGUUCUUCAGCAUCAGAACAUACCACUUAUGAACUAUGCUGUAAUCUUUUCAGAUAAGAAAAGCUAGUCCUUGUUUUCUACAGUGUAUGUUUAACUUUAGGACUGAUAGUUCACACUUAUCAGUACUAUUUCUAAACUGUAGUUUUAAAAUUAUUUCUAUGUAGAGGGUAUUUUGAUUUGGGAACUUUCUUUCCUUGUAAUAGGUGCUAUAUGUAAAAUGGAGUGAGAAGUUUGCUUGGUUAAAAGUCUACUUUAUUUCCUUAUUAAAAUAUUUUUCAUUUGUUUCCAUUUGUUUUGUGCUGAACGAAUAGCAGAAUGGAAUUAGUCCCUUAAUGUUAUAAAGUACCUUUUCUCCUAGUUGUACAAGAAUAUCUCCGUAUGGUGUGGUCUCAUGAUCAAGAAGCAAAGAGGCUAAGAAUCAAAACUUAAAUGCAUUUAAGAAUCAGAAACUUAAAUGAAUUUGAUCAACACUGGGUUUUUUGAAAUGAUCACUGUGCAUUUGUUUACUGCGGUUUACCAUGUGUUUCAAAGACCUUGUGUGUUUAUCUUAAUUUCAGUGAAAAUUAGAAUUCUGCCUUUAUGUUUUUAAACAAUCUACACAAACCAACAGUGAACAGGAUAAAAAUGUUGUUUUGCAUUGAAACUGUUUUAAUCCUAACAUCAAUUUAUGUUAUGUGAAAUGCUAUUCCACAUAUUUUGUUGGGCAUAUUUCAUUUUGAUUGAGUAGUUGUUCAGAUACAAAUGUGAAAAACACCUCUAGCUGUUAAUGUUCAAUUGAAAAAUAAAGGUGUGCUUUAGUAAUCUAA